CUGAAACAACGUAAAGAGAAAGCACUCUUCGUUUCAGUCUUUUUGCAACAGAGACCCUUGGUGGGCGGUGCAGUUCUGCAAGUAUUGAUCAUAAUAAAUGGGUUUACCGAGAUUUAAACGUCCUGGAGGGACUAGCGAAUCAAGUUCAAAUCUUUAUGUGGCCAAUUGUGGGCCUGCGGUAGGACUCACUUUCGACACAAUUGAAGCUGUAUUUGGUGCCUAUGGUCCGGUCAAGGGGGUCUAUCUCGCCGAUGAAAGUGGAACUAGAGUUAUUGUGUCUUAUCAUGAAGAGAAGUCUGCAGAGUCUGCCCUGAAGACGUUGAAUAGACGUGCAUGUCCUGAGCUCGGUGGACGGUCUUUGCACAUUCAGUAUUCUGUACACUCUGUCUGCCAGGUUGCAGUUGAUGACUCAAUUCCGGUGUCUAUGGCAGCUUCAGAGUUAGAUAUUCCUGGUCUUUACUUGAUUCAUGACUUUAUCAGUGCCGAAGAAGAGAAGGAACUACUAGCAGCAGUUGAUACAACGCCUUGGCAAAAACUUGCUAAAAGAAGGGUUCAGCAUUAUGGUUAUGAGUUCCAAUAUAGUACAAGGAAUGUCAACACAAACCAGUACUUGGGUGAACUUCCAUUAUUUCUUUCCCCAAUACUUGAAAAGAUGUCAUUAUUUCAAAAGCUUGGUUACGCUGAAACUGUACUUUUAGACCAGCUCACGGUUAAUGAAUAUCCACCCGGCGUGGGUUUGUCUCCGCAUAUUGACACCCAUUCAGCAUUUGAAGAUUUAAUUUUCAGCCUUUCAUUGGCAGGGCCUUGCAUCAUGGAGUUCAGAAAGUAUUCUACUGGUGUUUGGCUUACAAGCCCUGAUACAUUAAGUGAUGAAGAGGCUCAAAAUUCUGACAAGAGCUCAAAGUUCUUGAGGAGAGCUAUUUAUCUCCCUCCUCGAUCUAUUCUGUUAUUAUCAGGGGAAGCACGCUAUGCUUGGCACCAUUACAUUCCACACCAUAAGGUUGAUGUAGUGAAUGACACAAGAAUUAGAAGGGCUUCAAGGAGAGUGUCAUUUACCUUGCGCAAGAUAAGAAAAGGACCAUGCGAGUGCGAGUUCCCCGAAUACUGUGAUUCUCAGAAGUAAAAGACAACUUAAAUACUGAUUAUGUUCUAUAUGAACCUUACAUUGGAGAAAUCAAGCAACAACCCGGUCCAGGUCGAGAACUGUAAUAUAAAGCUGAGGGGUUCAUUGUGUUUUUGAGCUAAAAUAUAUAUUUAAGUUGCAAUGUGAUGCUAUCAAAUUUUCUUGCUCUUUUUCUGUCUUCGUUUGUUUGGAAGAAGAGGGAUUAGUCUUGUCUAUUGCAGCAGAAUUCUAGGGUAUAUCUUUGAUCUGUUUCUUAGAGCAUUCUUUAUUCUUCACAGAUCUCCAAUUACAAUUCAUUUAACAUCA